GAUUCAAAGUGCCGCCGAAAUUCUUUUUACCACAAAGUAAUAGUAUAUGUCCAUCACAUUAUGUAAUAGAGGAGUUCCAGAGGAGAAGAAUUUGAUACCAAAUUUAUCUUUCAUUUGAAAAAUAAAAAACAUAAAUAUUCAACGCAAAUUAAAAAAAUUAAAAACACCCGGUCUUCACAAAUUUGAUUUACUUUGUAGAGUAGUGUAGAGUGCCAUUGAAAACUCCACCGCGUGUCAGGUUGCCGACCCCUGAUCUAUCUCCUUUUCUAAUCUCCUUCGAUUGCACCGCCACCUAGUUUAACAGUACAUUCUUCUUUGAUAUAAUAACAACCUUCAGACUAAGUUUAUUAAAUAAUUAAUGUAUGUUACAAACAACUAAUCCCUAAUGUGUAUUUAUAUUCCUGCUGAUCGCCACACAGUGCACACAUAAUUGAACAUAAUUUUAAACCUUUGUAAAAAUAAAAGUUAACACAAUAAUACAUGCAGAAUGGCCCUUGGUAGAAGAUUUAACUUGUUAAUUUUGCGUGAAUUAACAAGGCACAAUCCAACAAAUAUUAUCCAAUGUUAUGCUUCUAUUCCACCUUCGUACACUCAGCCAAUUUAUAAAAAAGAUGAACAACAAGAGUUGUAUAAAAGUGAAAGUUACAAAGAGCUAGCUCAUGUACGUAUAAAACCAGCCACUAAUUCAGAGACAUCAUCUGAAUUUCAUGAUCAACUUGUUAGUAAAUUCACAAAUUACAUUAUGCGAAAUGGUAAUAAAUUAUUAGCUAGAUCAUUAUUGGCAAGAACCUUUGAACAUAUUAAAAUGAUUCAAUUGGAACGUUAUAACAAAGCUAGUCCUGAAGAGAAAGAGCAAAUUGAAUUGAAUCCAAAAUUAAUCUUUUUCCGUGCUAUAGAAAAUUGUAAACCAAUUUUAGGAUUGAAAAAUAUAAAAAAAGGUGGAAUCACUUAUCAGGUUCCUAUACCAUUGAGUGAACACAAAUCUAGCUUUUUAUCUAUGAAUUGGUUAAUUAAAACUUCGAAAGAAAAGGAUGCUACACAACAUUUCCCUGAAGUCUUGGCAAAAGAGAUUAUCGAUGCUGCUGAUAACAAAGGUCGAAUUGUGAAAAAGAAACAUGAUUUACAUAAACAGUGCGAAGCUAAUCGUGCUUAUGCCCAUUUUCGGUGGACAUGAAUAUAACAUUAUAUAACUGAUUGUAAAAUAAACUUAUAUUUAGAAUAAAAUCAUUAUUAUUAUCUGUUUGUUUCUAAAUAAUGUAACAGUAUAAUUAGAAUUACUUUAAACUACUUUCGUCUAUUCCAAAAA